UCGGACUUUUGAAUAGACGGACGAUGCGCCGCUGUUUUUCUUCCGCUCUUCAUCACUUCUCGGGCAGCCAACAUGGCGUUUGCCGUCAGCAUCGCGUCUUUGCUGCAGGCGGACCUGGUAGAAGACGCUGCGUACCGGGAGGACGGCCUCUGUGUUGUCGGUAUUUUCGGGAAGAGCUCCAUGCAGCCCGGCCCGCCCAAGGAGGCUCUCAUCAACAGCCUGGCCGACAAACACAUCUUCUCGCUGUUCGGCGGCCCGGAAGACGGCAGCGAGGCGGACUGCGGCAGCCGCAUCCAGGCUCUGUACAGCCAGGAGAGCCGGGUGCUCUACCUGCUGCUGUCCUCCGUCUGCGACAGCCGCCAGCUGCUGCGGGCCUGCGAGUCCCUGAGCGCCGGGACGGGACACUCCGACGCGCAUGAGUUCUGGAAAGGCCUGGAGAGACAGCACUGCCUCCACCUGCUCUACCUGUUCUCGGUGUGCCACGUCCUCCUCCUGGUCCACCCCAACCAGACCUUCGACGUGACCUACGACCGGCUGUUCAGAGCCCUGGACGCGCUGCGGCAGAAGUCGCUGCCUCUGAUCCGAGCCGCCAUCAAAGACUGCCCGGUGUCCAAGGAGUGGAAGGUGAACUGCCGGCCGUGCCCGCCGCGCCUGCUCUUCGUCUUCCUCAUGAACGGCGUGCUGAAGGUGUCCGCCAACGGGUCCGAGUCCGGAGGAAACCCCGACAAGCCCAAGAAGCACUCCCCCCGCAGGAGGCUGCAGCACGCCCUGGAGGACCAGAUCUACCGCAUCUUCCGGAAGAGCCGCGUCCUGACCAACCAGAGCAGCAACUGCCUGUUCACCGUGCCGGCCAACCAGGCCUUCGUGUACGUGCUGCCGGGCCCGGAGGAGGACCCGGUGAGCGCCCUGCUGGGCCACCUGCGCUCCUACUGCAGCCUCCGCGAGCAGGACGCCAACACGGCCAUAUCAGGGCCCAGGCGCUACCAGCAGAUGCGGCGCUCGGCCCGGCAGCCGCCCUGGAGCGGAGACUCCGGGGGUCUGUCGGUGGGCGGCCAGCCGGUGGACUGCAGCUUGAAGGAGUUCCUGUGGCAGCAUGUGGAGCUGGUGCUCACCAAGAAAGGCUUCGAUGACAGUGUGGGCCGCAACCCGCAGCCCUCGCACUUCGAGCUGCCCACCUACUCCAAGUGGCUGCAGGUGGCCUCCAGGCUCCACCAGGUGAUCAUAAGCAACACGGAGGAAGAGCUGGCCGAGCUGUCGGUGAAGGUCCAGAGCCAGCUGAAGGUUCUGGAGAGCUUCCUCGACGCGGACGCAAAGUUCUCCGAGAACAGAUGCCAGAAGGCUCUGCCGCUGGCCCACAGCGCGUACCAGUCCAGCCUGCCGCACAACUACACCACCACCGUGCACAAGAACCAGCUGGCCCAGGCGCUGCGGGUGUACAGCCAGCACGCCCGGGGGGUGGCCUUCCAGCGCUACGCCCUGCAGCUGCAUGAGGACUGCUACAAGUUCUGGAGUAACGGCCACCAGCUCUGCGAGGAGAGGAGCCUCACCGACCAACACUGUGUGCACAAGUUCCACCUGCUGCCCCAGCCAGGUGAGAAGCCAGAGAUGGAUCGCAAUCCACCCAUACUCAACCACAACAGCAGAGGGCGCUCUACCAGCUCCUGUAACUGUGGGAGGAAGCAGGCUCCUCGCGAGGAUCCGUUUGACAUCCAGGCUGCCAACUACGACUUCUACCAGAUGCUGGAGGAGAAGUGCUGCGGGAAACUGGAGAGGAUCGAGUUUCCGGUGUUCCAGCCUAGCACUCCGGACCCGGCGCCGGCCUGCAACCAAGCUCCGCGGCCCCCCUCUGAGGCCUCGGGGCCUGGGGAGGCGGAGAGGAUGAAGGAGCCCAGCACGGCUCAGAGCCACACCCCCGGAGACAACACCAGCCUCAGCCUGGCCCUCAGCCUGGGCCAGUCCACCGACAGCCUGGGGCCCUACGCGGACGGGGACGGCAGCGAGGCCCAGGUCCAGCACAAAAGGCCCAGCCUGGUGGACCGCCAGCCCUCCACCGUGGAAUACCUCCCCGGCAUGCUGCACUCAGGCUGCCCCAAGGGUCUGCUGCCCAAGUUCUCCAGCUGGUCCCUGGUCAAACUGGGCCCGGCCAAGUCCUACAACUGCCACUCGGGUCUCGAACAGCCGGGCUUCCUCCCCGGGUCCUCGUUCCUCCUCCCGUGGGACUUGCUGAUCCGCUCCCGACCCGAGGAAGAGGCAGGGCUGGUCGAGCCGCUGGACGGAAGUGCCUCGUCGUGGCCCGCCCCCAACAAGGCUCUGGUGGGGAAGCGAGCGAGCACCGGGGGGCUGGGGAGGAGUCGCAGGAGGGACGACGUGGUGCGAGUCUUUGUGGGGUUCGAGUAUGAAGACAGCCGGGGCCGGCGAUUCCUCAGCUCAGGGCCGGAUAAGAUAGUGAAGGUGCUGGGGCCCGGGGGCGCCAAAGAGCCCGCCACCAGAGUGCUGAACACGGACAUGCCACUGUACGUCCCCUCCCCCGCUCCAGGCCGUGGCUUGAAGCCUCAUUUAGCCCAGUUGGCUCGCCUUUUCAUCGUGGUGCCUGAUGCCCCGCUGGAAAUCACCCUCAACCCACAGGUGCAGCCAGGCCCUCCUCCCUGUCCAGUUUUCCACCCGGAGCAGACAGAUGUGGUGCUGCCCCCUGAUGGCCUUUGGGUGCUGCGGUUCCCCUACUCCUAUGUGACAGAGCGGGGCCCUUGUUACCCCCCGAAAGAGAACCAGCCUCUCACCAACUACAAGGUGCUGCGCGGCAUCCUGAGGGCCACCACCGCCACCCCUCCACCACAGUGACACUCACUCUGCUAUGGAGAGAUCUUCACUGUCCUGGAUCCAGUCUCAUGUUUACUGUGAGAGAGCCCAUCAUGAACUGCAUCCUUUUAACAGAGACGUUUGACCCCCCCUUCACAUUAAAGCUGCAGGCAGUGUAUGUACGUAAGACGUUUGGCAGAAAACCAGCAGCGGUGUGGAUAUCGACCCAGGACAGAAACAAGAGGCAGCUGUUUUUUUUGCAGACAUGAGUCACAGAGGCAGAGAGAGACAUUAGCAAACUGUCGUAGCCUUAACCAGUCUGUGAUGCUUAGCGCCGGAGGUGAGACAAGAGAUCUAAUGUUGGUGUGUCCGGCUUUCUCUGGACCAACAAGCUCUCACUGCUGUUUGGACACACGGUUGGAUUUCACUCUUAAGCAUACAGCAUACAGUAUGUGAAGUAAUUACAGACAACUAGCAUUAUUAUUAUUAUUAUUAUUUUGGUGAAAACAUAAGAACUUGCAGCUCUCAGGCUGGGUGGUUAGUUAAGUUUUAUGAUGCAUCUAAAUCCACCAGGAUUAUCGAGGAGACUGGUAAAAAUAAAGAAAAAAUGCAGUCCUUUAUUAUUAUUUUCAGUUCAGUUCAGUUAUUUUCAGUGGCAGAUCCUUCUUCCUGCAUGGAUGUGUCGUUUACAUCAAAGAUGAAGCACUUUCCUUUAAAAUGGACUUUGCUAGUGAUGAAGAUUGAGAUUUUAUUUCCAAAAAUUAGGAAUCUACCACAGAAUAAAAAGUAACCAAUUUUGGAUUACUCACAGGUCUGUUUUCUUCACUUACUGUUAUAUAAGCUCUAACUGGGAUUCUUACCCAUGUAGUUGUAUUUGUUGCUGUGUGAGUGUGAUCCAUCCACCCCCUCCCUGUCAUGCGAGAGAGCGCUUAACCACAUGUGUGCUGCUCCAAAAUGAAUGAAACAGGCAGAGACCAGAGAGAACAGCAUGAUUUUUAGUGGCAAAACAAAGUUGAAAAAUACUUUUGGAAAAAUGCAUAACAACACACUUUGGAUUUGGCUUCACUUUCAGCGCUCUUCUCAGCCAGCCGGUUUCCAGAAUGGCUGUUUUUCAGCUUUGCAUCGCCGCUCAGAAUUGUGUCGUUUCCCCGUCUGAGUCGACUUCACUCGUUUUGAAGCGACACACUCCAGGUGAAGCUCCCGCCCUCGCACAGCAGAGACACAGCAGUAAACCUCUUGUCGUUUACAGGGUGAGGUAACCGAUGGGCCUCGCUCGCAAAAUGUCAGUGACACGGUCUACAGUUUGCUUGUGUGGAGAGAUGAGGUGCCUGCUUGAGGAAACAGACCCUCCUGCAGACUGAGGUUUGCUGUGUAAGCACAACCAAUCACUGGGAUUGAUAAACCUUGCUCUCCGGCCUUUAAAGAUCCAUGGUAAAUAAUAAAGGAAUGAAUUGUUGGUCACUCUGUCUGACAUUGAUUUCAUUGCGGAACACCUGCACAGUGAUGUAGCACCUAUCAGACCAGACCAGAUGAAACAAAAAUAAGUUACUCUGCCAGAAAGGCGUUAACAUGCUUUCUGUCUUUAUAUAAGCUGCAGCAAUUUAAUACCACGGUCUACACUGUGAACGUUUGCUGUAGAGUCUUCAUUAAAGACACUGCACCAGGUUUCAAACUGUUUUUAAAUGACAAAUUAUUUGGUGUGACAAGAAGCCCAGAAUCAAC